ACUCACUUCGCUUUUGCUACUGUUCGAAAUUAUGCUCCUGGCGCGUCUGGUGUCUUCUUGCUUUACAGCUCGUCGGCUAACUGAACAAAGAUGAAGCGAGCCAGAGGUGGAGGAGAUGAGGAGGCUCCCAGACAGAACGGAUCAGCUGCCAGGAGGAGAGGAGACCCUCCGCUCAGCGACGGGGACGAUGCUGGCUCUGACUUCGGCCCAGCUGACCUGCAAGACACCGACAAUGACCCGAGCCUCAGGAGAGAGAUCCGGAGCAAGUACCGAGACCUCAUCAGCUCUGUGCAACAGAAUAGGGAAGAUAUGCUGAGUCCAACCAACAACAGGCUCACAGAAGUUUUAGAAGAGGCAAACAGACUGUUUAAGGAUGUUAAGCAGGCGAGAGAAGCCGCUCUGGACGCUCAGCUCCUGGUUGUGGCCACAGAUCUAGGAAAGGAGAAAGCCACCCAGCUGUUUUCUGACGGGGCUGCUUUCGAUCCCACUGCGUUUGCUGAGCAUCUUUUGUCCAUUAUGGGCAUCAACCGACUAGAAGACGCGGAGGAUGAGCAGCAGAACGGAGGUGCUGUUGAUGGUUACCUUCCCCAGGACGCCUGGCACAGAGUGGCCAGAAGAGCAGAAUGCUGUUUUAAGGCAGCACCCUCUUUCCACUAUAUGUUUGGGUCAUUCCAUGCAGAGCCGCCUCCUCCAAAGCAAAGGAUAGAACGGCAAAGGAAGGCACCCAGCAAGGAAGCCAAAAGGAUAAUGCCUACUCAGUUGAAGAAAAUGGAUGAAUCCCAUCAAGAAGCAACAGAGAAAGAGGUGGAGAGGAUCCUGGGAUACCUGAAGAGUUAUUACCAAGAUGACCCGACAUCACCGAUAUCCUAUUACGAGUUUGUCAUUGACCCCAACUCGUUCUCACGAACAGUUGAAAACAUUUUCCACACAUCUUUUCUAAUCAGGGAUGGCUUGGCUCGGCUGUAUCUGGAUAAUGCCAAAUUGCCUUGUAUAGCUCCUGUAGAGGAGGGAGAGGUCGAAGCUGGAAUCUCAAGCAACCGUAAACAGUGCAUCCUCACAAUCAGCCAAAAGACAUGGAAGGAGCUUGUAGACGCCCUCGACAUCAAGGACACAAUGAUUCAGCCUCCAAACACACAGAAUGAGUGAUGGACCAUGUGCUCGGCAAAACUGAAUAUUGUUUUUAGAAGUUACAAUUCUUUUAAAAAAGAAAACUACAAAAGCCAAGUAUGUAGGUAAACAUUACUCAGUUGCACAUUUUGUUUUAUUUUUUUACCAUUUUUAAACAUUUGAUUAAUAAAAUAAUAAGAAAUAAGAGAA